CCUCACACACCCCACCGUGCCCGCAACGCCCAAAUAAAUAUCACACGCCUUCCACGAACAACUCCGACACACACUCUCAAGAUCUCAGUCUGACACCGCACCGGUAUAUUUGCCUCGACAGUCAACUCAGAAGCAAAUCUGCCUAACAGAUCACUCGAAACAAAGCCUCCCGAUUUCGGAAACAAUCGCAAAUAUGGCGCCCAGCAAAACCUCGUGGGAUGACGAGGAGUCGGAUAGCACACCACCCUCCUCCCCAUCAGUUGCACCAGUCGCUCGACGCGGCAAAUUUGACGACGAGGAAGAAGAGGACGUUCUAGAAUCAUGGGACGCCGCCGAGGACAGCGAGGAAGAGCGAGAGAAGGCCAAGAAGGCUGCUGAGGCAAAGGCAAAGGCAGAUGCAGCAGCAAAGGCAAACCACAAGAGCAGAGCACAGCGCAUCGAGGAGAAGCGAGAAGAGCGACGGAAAGAGCGAGAACUCUUCGAGGACGACGAGAGCGAGAGCGAAGAUGAGGCUGACAGGAGAGCACGCAUGCGCGCCGCCGAGAUGGAUUCCGACUUGAAGAAUGCUGAAGAUCUAUUCGGCGGCGGAGGCAGUGGACCGAACAGGAAGGGCACCAACAAGGCUAUCACAGUACAAGCUACGACAGGAGACCCUACCAGCGCCGUCGACCUCUCGAGCCUCUCCCUUUUCAACCCAAAGACUGUGCAAGAUUUUAACAAGAUGCGCGAUACCCUGGUACCACUUCUGAACAACAACGCCAAGAAGCCACAAUACGAGUCAUUCAUGAAAGAGUUUGCGAAACAGAUCGUCAAGGAGAUGAACAGCGAGCAGAUCAAGAAGGUCGCCAGUGCUUUGACUGCUGUUUCGAACGAGAAGCUCAAGGAGGAGAAGGCUGCUGAGAAGGGUGGCAAAAAGACCAAGGCUGCAAAGACCAAGACCAGCCUCAACGCCAAUCGAGAUGUUGCGUACAGAGCGGACACGGCGGCUUAUGAUGAUGAUGGACUUGACGACGGCGACUUCAUGUGAUCUAUUUCGCCGCACCAAAUAUUUCAAGCUCUUCCCACUUUUUUCCCUCUCAGGAUGCUCCGCGUUUCGAUCGAUCGAUACAAAUCCGAGAGUGCUGGCAUGAACUCGGCACAAACACGACUUUGGCCAUGAGCUUAUGAGAUGAUGCAUCGACACCGGCGCCAACGAGAUAGACUUAGGGUGGUGGACGAGAGUGAGAGGAGGGAAGGAGUUGGGCUACUUUUUUUCGACGAUAGUGCAUUUAAAGCGAGUAUAGGUUAGUUCAAAGAUUGCGUCUGUCGCACAUUUUCCAAUUUC